AUGCCUAAAUUUAUGCAAAUCCUUUUCGUUGCCUUCUUGGCUUUGGCUUUGGUUGCCGCCGAACCAAAACGUUUCCAAGGUAGACGUAAUCGUUUUUUGGCCCGUCAAGAAGUUGAAGAACCAGUUACUCCUUAUCCCACCGCUGAUGAAUUGAAACCUGAAGUUCCUUUCGAUGAAGCUGUUGCUGCUGAAGGACAAACUACAUUCACACCUGUUGCUGCCGAAGGUGAAACUCCCUUCACACCUGUUGCCGCCGAGGGAGAAACUCCCUUCACCCCUGUUGCCGCCGAAGGAGAAACUCCCUAUACACCUGAUGAAGUUUAUGGUCCACCAGAAGAAGAGGAAGCUGUAGUCGAUACCCAAGAAGUGGUAGAAGAAGAAUACGUACCCACCGAAGAAGAGAUCGCCUCGGCUCGUUUGACUUCUCGUCGUGGCGGUGCCCGCAAAGCUGCUGUUCGUCCAGCUAAAUUGCGUAAAAUUGCUGCCCGUCCCGCUAAAUUGCGUAAAGCUUCUCCAGCCCGUCUCCAAGUUCAACCACAAUAUGUACCCCAACCCCUCUUCUAUUAUAUUGCCCAUUAA